AUUGAUCCUUAUUGGGUUGCUUCGGAUACACUGCUGAUAUCAUCUUGAUUUAUCGUUGCUCUAAGCAACUUAGACUUUCUGCAGCGGACGGCCUUACUUCCCGCGCACCGACCACACAAGACCUCCGUCCCACUGAUCACGUAAACGUCCACAAUGCACAAAAUAUCCCCGGUAGAUAAGCGCCGGAGAUUCGAUCCUGAUGCCUCUCUGGUGCUUGUGGGCAUCCGGGGGUGCGGAAAGCGGUCUCUGGGAUUUGUCGCUGCCACUGCGUUGAAACGGCGGUUCAUCACGGAAGACCACUAUUUUAAAGAGGUGACCGGACAUACCAGGCAUGAGUAUCUCAAGCGCUAUGGGAGUCAGGAAUUCCAGCAACGCGAUGUCGAUGUCCUCAAGUCAAUGCUUGACAACCACCGCUCCCGUUGUGUGAUUGAAUGCGGUCUCGGCAGUCUUACCCGUCCGGUUCAGGAGCACCUUCGUCACUAUUCUGCGACCAACCCCAUUGUAUACAUAGUUCGCGACAUGGAUCGCAUUCAAAGCCUAUUAGGUCUGGAGGAGCAAUCAGUCAAGCUCCUUGCCGAGGGCGAUCCUCUACACAGAACAUGCUCGAAUUUCGAGUUCUACAAUGUUGAAGAUCAUUCCAGUAUCGCUUCCCAGACGGAUGAGGGAUCACCGGACCGACGAUGCGUUGAUUAUUCAUUCAAGUUGAAAGAAGCGAAAGAGGACUUCACGCGCUUCGUGCGUUUCGUGACUGGCACCGAUGUAGGGCACACCAGUUAUGACUCGCCUUUUGUUCUGCUUGAGACUCCCCCGGAACUCCGGUCCUUCACCCAUGCCAUUUUUGUUCGAUCUUCCGACCUGGCAGAAGGCAAUGUCAACCUACAGGAGCUUGAGUCAGGAGGUGAUGCCAUUGAGCUGUGUGUUGACCGCUGGAGCACGGGAUUGACAGCAACUCUCAGCAAGCAGGUCGCUCUACUCCGGAGAAAUGCUCGUACGCCCAUCAUAAUCUCAAUAGAUAAAUCCUCCGCGGGAAUUGCUAAAGGUGAUCUGUCUGCUACAAAGGUGAACAAUAUAUACUUCGCUAUUGUGGAACAUGCUCUACGCUUGGCGGUUGAAUAUUUGGCCGUGGACUUGAGCCAAGAACGGUCUCGAGUGGAGGAGGCAAUCCGUACCAGAGGCAACACAAAGAUCAUCGGUCAACGCAUAUUCGAACCUUCUGCGCCAGAGACAUGGGAGAGCGAAGAAUGCCUUUCCCUCUAUUCUGAAGCCGAGAAGCUGGGGUGUCAGCUCGUUCGCUUUCUUCGAGUGGCUACGUCGCGCGAGGAUAAUGCGGCGGUUGCUAAAUUCACAAACAAGGUUCAUGGCUUGCCUGGCGAACAUCCACCGGUUAUCGCAUACAAUAUUGGCCGUCUUGGCCGCACCUCGCAAGUGUUCAAUUCAAUCCUCACAUCUGUAACACACCCAGCAAUCGAAAGGUCCUCCGACAACGAGCGGGACCCGCAGAUCACGUCUCGUGAUGCAGUUCAGGCCUUGUUUCAGAGUUACGUGCUGGACCCGCUCCAGUUCUUCAUCCUCGGAGGCAAUGUCGCAUACAGUCUUUCCCCGGCAAUGCACAAUGCUGCUUUCCGCCACUGUGGCAUGAGCCAUACCUAUACCAUACCGGACUCGCCCUCGCUUGCAAUCAUGGACCGGUUGGGCAGGGAUUCGCAUUUUGGAGGGUCAAGUGUGGUUCAGCCUUGGAGAGUACAACUAUCACAUAAGCUUGCGGCGAAAAGCCGCCAUGUGGAGGCAAUCGGUGCGAUCAACACGAUCGUACCCCUGCGCGCCGGCCCUGAUGGAUCCAUGUAUCCUCUACAAGAGCAGGCGAGUCGGCGUAACCAGGCUGGACCUGUGCUAGGGUGGUACGGUGAGAAUACCGACUGGGUUGGCAUUAUGAACUGCAUCAACCGCAACCUCUCUCCACGCAAUGCCAUCAGCCCAUCGAAGACUACUGGGCUGGUGAUAGGAGCGGGUGGUAUGGCCCGCGCCGCUGUCUAUGCUAUGCUGCGGCUCGGAUGCCGUAGAAUCUUCAUCUACAACAGAACUUUAUCAAGAGCGGAAAGUGUCGCUCGCCAUUUCAACUCAUGGGCAGCCUCACAAGUGGACUCGACAGAAGUUGUGUAUGUGCUAAAGUCAUUGAAGGAUGCAUGGCCUGAGGAUGCCUGUCCGCCUUGCAUGAUCGCAUCCUGUGUGCCCGCGGACCGCGACCGCGAUGAACCGCCAGCCAACUUUGAAAUGCCUGUGCAAUGGCUGGGAAGCCCCACUGGCGGCGUAGUCCUUGAGUUCGCUUACAAGCCACUGGACACACCACUGCUGCGCCAGAUGCGUCGUAUUCGGACUGAAACCGGGCGCCCUUGGGUAUUAGUUGAUGGACUUGACAAUGUGGUCGAGCAAGCGAUACCCCAGUUUGAGCUCAUGACGGGACGAAAGGCACCCCGUCGCUUGAUGUUUUCAGAAGCCCUUCACAACUACGUUGGCGAGGAAGGUCACUUCGAUGACAAGACGAUCCAAGCCAGGCUCGAUCAUGUUCGGUAACAAUACCGGACUUGGGUGUUAGAGAGCAUAGCUGUAUUACAUCGCAUACAGAGGUUUUGAUGCUCCAUUUUGUGGCUGCGUGAAAUCAUGACCCUGAGCCGGUUCAGGGCCUUUUUUUUAGGGUGUCCUCGACGAAGCCGGUGCUGUGUCUGAAGGAAUCCAAACCAGGGAUAUCAGGGAUAUGUCUGGGGUAUUCUACGUUGUAGAGGAACUGAGAUGGGCACCAUUCUGCGAGGCA